AUGGAGAAAAUUAAGAUUGGAUCUAAACUAAUGGCAACACCUAAUGAAUGGAGUUUCAUGCAUCAUAGUACAAGGCAAAAUUGUGUCAAUUCAAUUGUUAAAGAUAUAAUUGUUGGUUAGAAUAAUCUUUAUGCUAAUGAUGAUUGUAAUGAUAAAUUUGGAAACGCGGUAAAAGUAAAAAUAGAAUUUAUUUUCAAAUGA